CACAGCAUCUACGAUGGCUUUACAGUGCGUCUCCUAUGCCAGGAGCUUAUUCGCAUCUAUAAUGCUGCGGACUACGUCCCGCGCUCCAUCCCCUUCACACGCUUCAUCCGCUAUCUUAACCAGAUUGAUACCACCAACAGCCAGCAAUAUUGGAACGAGCAGCUCGCCGGGGAGGAGGUGGUGGCCGACUGGCCGCCUCUGCGGCAUGCGGGCUACGAGCCCCGAGCCCGGACGUCAAUCCGCAAGGAGGUCACGAUAAACCCCAAUGCUGGACCGGGCAGUAUUGCCAUGGCGAACGUGCUGCGCGCCGCGUGGGGUCUUGUUAUGGCUCAGUUCUCCGGUCAGCCAGACGUAGUCUUCGCCGCGAACGUCUCCGGCCGCAACGCCCCGGUACCUGGCGUGAGCGAGAUCAUCGCGCCGACGAUCACCACCGUGCCUCUGCGUAUCCAAAUCGGCGUUGCUCAAGCCCAGACGGUAGCGGACUUCCUGCGCGGGGCCCAGGAGCAAGCAAUUCAGAUGAUGGCGUACGAGCACACCGGGCUCCAGGGCAUCCGGAGUCAUCCCGCGUUGCAGCUGCGUAACCUGCUGGUCAUUCAACCCGCCGCUGAGAGUGACACGACGCUCGACUUCCCCGGCAUCGAGGCCCUGCCCCUCGCCGUGGAGGACUUUGACAGUUAUGGGCUCAAUGUCGAGUGUACGCUGGGGACAAACAUUGGGGUGCACGCGCGAUUCGACGACAAGGUCGUUGCGCUGACAUAUGUAAGUCGUGUGCUGGACCAGUUUGCACACAUCGUGACUGUGCUUUGUGACCCCAGUCUCCAAAGUUCGUCCCUGCGUGAGCUGGAGUUGCUGAGCCGUGCCGAUCAAGCACAGAUUGCGGUCUGGAAUGCCACCGUCCCAGAGCGCGUCGAGAAAUGUAUCCACGAGCUGGUGAAGGAGCAGGCACAGGCCCGUCCUACAGCACUAGCGGUUUGGGCCUGGGAUGGACAUCUUAGCUACCGUGAACUGAUGCACUUCGCUCAUCUCCUGGCCCAGCGCCUGGUUGCAUUAGGGGUAGGACCGGAGCGGAUGGUGGGUGUAUCGAUGGCCAAGUCCAAAUGGGCGGCGGUUGCCCUACUGGCCACCCUCCAGGCCGGGGGAGUCGUGGUGCCAUUGAGUGUCAGCCACCCCAUUCAGCGGAUUGAGACUAUUCUCGAGGACGCUGCAGUGAGCCUGACCUUGGUGGAUGGCCGGGAACACGACCGUUUGAACGGUCAUGUCGAUUGUUCGCUUCUCGUAGUCGACUCGCAGCUUUUCAAGAGUCUGUCCACAAUUGCCCCUACCCACGACGGUGCCGCACUUGUCCCCCCCGUCAGCGUCACCCCAAACCACGCUGCCUGGGUCAUCUACACCUCCGGGACCACAGGAAGCCCUAAAGGUGCCGUGCUCGAGCAUGGAACCCUAUGUACGAGCAUCCGGGCCCACGGCACGCGGUACGGAUUUGGCCCGCAUACGCGCAAGUUGCAGUACGCGGCGCAUACAUUUGACGGCACAAUCGAGGAUUACUUGACCACCUGGGCCUGGGGCGGGCUGAGCUGCGUGCCGUCGGAGGAAGACCGGCUGGACAUGCGCCAGCUGACAGCGUUCAUGCGCCAGGCCCAAGUCAACGCGUUGGCCACCACCUACACCGUGGCCGGGCUCUUCACGCCUGAGGAGACCCCCAGCCUGCGCACGCUCGUUCUGGGCGGAGAGCCGGCAACUGUUGAAGUGACUGACCGCUGGCGGACCAAGGUCAACCUCUUCAACUGCUACGGUCCCUCGGAGUGCUCCAUCUUCUCUUCGGCGGCCGGACCGGUCCAGAACAUCAACGAGAUCCACAACAUCGGCACGCCCAUCGGCACGCGCCUGUGGGUGGCUGAUCCCUACAACCACAAUCGACUGUGCCCUGUGGGCGCGCCAGGGGAACUGCUGAUCGAGGGACCGCAGCUGGCGCGCGGAUAUCUGAACAAUGCCGAGAAAACGAAGUCACAGUUCCUUGUAGACCCGGGCUUCAUGACCCAAUUCGGACUGACCCCUGGACGACGGGUCUACCGCAGUGGGGAUAUCGUCCGCCAGAAGGACGAUGGGUCGUUUGUGUAUGUGGCGCGCCGCGACACGCAAGUGAAGAUCCGCGGCCAGCGGGUUGAGAUAGGGGAGAUCGAACAACAGAUCGUCCGGUGUCUGGCUGAGACCCGCUUCGUAGCGGCCGUACUGCUUCAGCGCGGGGCCCAGGCCUCGCCGGUGUUGAAUGAUGUGCAAACCCCCCCGUUGGCGGGUACGAGCAAUGCUGUGCCACCCACACAGGCGAUGCAGGCGGCAUUUCAGGAUCUCCACAGCGCCCUGUUCCAGGUGCUCCCGACACACAUGAUCCCCAGCGCAUACGUUCCCGUCGCCCAUAUGCCGCGCAAUCUCUCCGGGAAGCUGGAUCGACGAGCGUUGCGCGAGCAGCUGGCUGCCAUGUCCGCCGAGGCCAUGCAGCAGUAUCUCGAGGGGCCCGAGAAAGUCGCCCCUGCCACCGACAUGGAGCGUAGACUACAGCGUCUGUGGCUGGAGGCCAUGGGAAUUCAGAAUGCAGGAUCCGUGGGCGUGCAGGACAAUUUCUUCCAGCUGGGAGGCGACUCGGUCACCGCGAUGCACCUGGUAGCCCUGACUUGGCAACGCACCAAGCUGCACUUGACCGUCGCCGACGUCUUCCGCCACCCUCGCCUCGGGGAUUUGGCACAGAGACUGACGGAGCUCAGCUUGGAUCCUGGUGCCGACCAGCCAGAGGAACAAGAUCCCGAACCCUUGAGCUUGUGGGCCAACGCCUCGCCCGAAGCCGUGAGCGAGAUCGCGGCCCGCUGCCAGGUGGACGUGGAUCAGAUUGAAGAUAUAUACCCCUGCACACCACUGCAGGAAGGCUUUAUAGCGAUCACAGGGCGCCAAUCCGCUGCCUACAUCAGCCGACAGGUCUACUCUCUCUCGACCGCCGUUCUCGACCUGCACCGGUUCCAGGCAUCCUGGGAGAUGCUGGCCCAGACCACACCCAUCCUGCGCACGCGUCUCAUCAUGGGUCCCAACCAGGAAGCCCUACAAGUGGUGGUCCAAGGCCCAAUUGUCUGGCGACUCGGCACCGAUCUCGCGGCUUACAUCGCCGAGGAUCGCGAGGCAGGCAUGAAGUUGGACCAACCCCUCGUGCGAUACGGGUUGGUAACGGAAUCAAUUGAGAAAACCUAUUUUGUCUGGACCGCACACCACAGUAUCUACGAUGGCUGGACUAUGCGCGAGAUUGCGCAGCGCUUCGCACAGAUCUACGAUGGGUUCGAUCAUGCAACCUCGACCUUGACCUCGAUCCCGCCGACGAUUCCAUAUUCCCGCUUCAUGCGCUACCUAACCACACAAGAUCCAGUUAAGACGGCCCAAUACUGGCGAAAGCAGUUGGAGGGCGAUCUGGUAGCCGACUGGCCUCCACUGCCGCAGCAUGACUACCACCCCAGACCGCAAAUGCGCAUCCAGACAGCCAUGGCAAUUCCCGCGCGCUCAAACGGCGGCAUUCUGAUCUCCACCGUCCUGCGCGCCGCAUGGGCGAUCGUGAUGGCCCAGUACAGUGGGCACAACGACAUUGUAUUUGCCGCCAGCGUCUCGGGGCGCAAUGCGCCUGUGCCGCAGAUCCGGGACAUCGCUGGUCCAACCCUAACCACGGUGCCAGUCCGCGUAUCAGUAGACAAAAGUAUGACGGUGGCCCAGCUGUUGCAGGCCAUCCAGCAGCAAGCCACGGAAAUGAUUCCCCACGAGCAGACUGGAUUGCAAAAAAUCAAAAGGCUGCUGCCCGACACCACUGGUAGGACGGCUCUGGCCCUCCGUAACCUCCUGGUCAUCCAGCCCGCGGCCGAGAGCGACAACAGCCCUAUCGCUCUACCAGGUCUGGAGGCUCUACCUGCACCCUUCGAGGACUUUGGCAGCUUUGGUCUGCAGAUCGAAUGCACACUGGGACGGCAGCAAAUUGACAUCGACGUCCAGUAUGACGAGCAUGUCAUCGCCACGGCCUAUAUUCAAAGGGUGGUCGACUACUUUGUACAUCUCGUGAAGGAGCUCGCCAACAUUGACCGACUCCAACAGCCGCUGCACAAGUUACAUAUCAGUCCCCAAGACGAGCAGCAGAUCCUAGACUGGAACCAGGUGGUCCCCACCUGCCUUGAGCAAUGUAUUCAUACCCCUGUGUACGACCGCGUGGUCCGCCAAUCCACUGCAUGUGCGAUCAGCGCCUGGGACGGCGAAUUGACCUACGAAGAACUAUCGGGACAGGCUGCGACCCUGGCCGCCCAUCUCAGGCACGAGUUGGGAGUGAAACCGGAGCGCACGGUGGGAGUCUGUAUGAACAAGAGCAAGUGGGCUGCCGUGGCCAUCCUCGCAGUUCUGUACGCCGGAGGAGUAGUUGUCCCCCUCGGGGCGGCUCAUCCCCUGCCUCGCGUGCAGACCAUCACACAGGAUGCAGCUGUGGAGACCGUGCUCGUGGACCGUGAACAACAGCAACGGCUGGUGCCCCUGGGCCUGCAACUAUUGACGGUAAACGAGGGGUUCCUCGCUCUUCGUCCUCCGUUGGAUCUCGCACAGACGACCGCACUACUGCAGAAGAGCACAGUGCGGCCGCAUAAUACGGCGUGGAUUAUCUAUACCUCUGGCAGCACAGGUGCUCCGAAGGGGGUGAUUCUCGAGCACCAGGCGCUUAGCACCAGUAUUGAGGCGCAUGGCGCCGCCUUUAAGAUGGAUGAGAUGACCCGUACUCUACAGUUCGCAGCGCAUACGUUCGACGCUACGAUACAGGAUAUAAUCACCACCCUCUGGGCGGGAGGCUGCGUUUGCAUUCCCUCGGAACACGACCGCGUCAAUCGGCUCACGGAAGUUAUGAGCGCCAUGCGGGUCAAUUGCGCCACAUUGACGUCGACGGUGGCAUCCAUGCUGGUGCCUAAGAGAAUUCCCUCGUUGCGGACAAUAAUCCUGGUGGGUGAACCGGUCACCGCGGCAGCUGUAGCCCUGUGGUCGCCACAUGUCACUGUGUUGAAUGCCUACGGCCCCUCCGAGUGCUCGAUCCACUCCUCGUGCAGUCGUCCAAUCCACGACGCGGCCUUCGCUUCCAACAUUGGCUUCCCUCUCGCAUGUAGGUGGUGGGUGGUGGACGCUGACAACCACCAAGCCCUUUGCCCGAUUGGAGCCCCCGGAGAGCUUCUGAUCGAGGGCCCUAACCAAGCGAGGGGCUAUCUCAAUGACGACGAGAAGACCCAAGCAGCCUUUGUCCAGGACCCCGACUUCAUUCCCCGACUGGGCCUCGCGUGUCGACGCCUGUACCGGACCGGUGAUCUGGUCAAGCAGAACCCUGACGGAUCGCUGAUCCACCUUGGCCGCCGGGAUCUGCAGGUCAAGAUACGCGGACAGCGUAUCGAAGUCGGCGAGAUUGAAUACCAGAUCCAGCGGCAUCUCGCCGGGGCGCGCACCGUCGCAGUGGAACGCGUCCAGCAAGGGGGAGAUGGCGAGCAGAUUAGCCUCGUCGCGGUAUUGGACUUUAGCGAUGAGACGCACGACGACGACAACGACGAUGUUGCCGGAACAGCAACAACUGCUGCUAUCACCGAUGCACCGCAACCCCUACACCCCUCCGAUAGCCUUCGCACAACAUUCAAUGAGCUUCGCCAGACACUCCUCCGCACCCUACCGGUCUACAUGGUCCCUGCUGCAUAUCUGCCCGUGGACAAAAUGCCCUCGAAUGCCAACAACAAGCUUGACCGACGGGCCAUUCGGGCCUUGUUGGCAGAGCAGUCGCUGGCGACCCUGCAACAGUACCUCCACGAUGACGAGGCCGAAACGCAGGUCAUACCCGUAACCGCAUUGGAGAAGAAGGUGCGUGCGCUCUGGCUGGAGGUUUUUGACCUCCCCGCUGGGGUCAACAUGUCCAUGAACGGCAACUUCUUUCAUCUGGGCGGCGACUCGGUGACGGCGAUGCGGAUGGUGGUCGCCGCCGCAUCGCACGGGCUGCAUAUGAGCGUCGAAGAUAUCUUCAAGUCGCCGCGGCUGGGAGACUUGGCCGCCACGCUCGCGGUCCGGCCCUUGGAAGAUACACUGGCGCAGGACAUCGAAGAUCCCGCCCCCUUCGAGCUGUGGGACGAGCUCCACGCUGCUGGGUCUCCAGAGGAGCGGGAAAAACGCUUACUCCGCAUUGCCGCAAGCAUUGGGGUGAGCGUGGACCGAAUUGAGGACGUUUACCCCUGCACGCCCCUGCAGGAGGGUUUAAUGGCCAUCACGGCGCGUCAGCCGGCAGCCUACGUGAGCCGGCAAGUGUAUGCGAUGGGCAGCGCCGUGGAUCGCAACCAAUUCCAGGCCGCAUGGGAGACCCUUUCCGGCGAGGUCAGCAUCCUGCGCACGCGAAUUCUGGUGGACGGUGGAUCCCCUGCCGUGCAGGUGGUGGUUCGCGACAACAUCCACUGGCAAACAGGCACAGAUCUUGAACAGUACCUGCAGGCUGAUCACGCCCUAGGCAUGUCUCUCGGCCAGCCGCUGGUCCGCUAUGGCUUCGUCGAGGAGCCCUCGGGGGCAUGCUACUUCAUUUGGACCGCGCACCAUGCCUUGUACGACGGUUGGACCGUGGGCGCACUCAGCAAACGCCUUCUGGACAUCUAUCGCCAGGGCCGGUCUGCCACCACAGUCCCCUACACACAAUUCAUCAGAUACCUUCAACACGGUCGGCCCGACCCCGUGGCGAGCAGGCACUACUGGUGCGAGCAGUUGGAGGGCGACGUGAUGGCCUUCUGGCCACGCCGAGUCUCGGACAAGCAACCACUGCCACAGGACGAUUUCCAUAAAUCGAUCCCACUUCCGCUAACGCAGAGACACGGCCAGGUGACGAUAUCGACUAUUCUCCGCGCCGCCUGGGCGCUGGUCGUGACCCAGUACUCGGGACAUGGGGAUAUCGCCUUCGCGGCUACGGUUUCUGGCCGUAACGCCCCAGUUCGGGGCAUAUCAGACAUCGCAGGCCCAACCAUCACAACCGUGCCGAUUCGCACACGGGUGGAUCUGACAAGCACUGUGGCUGAUUAUGUCGACGCAAUGCAGUGGCAAGCAACACACAUGAUUGACCACGAGCAUAUCGGGCUGCAAGGGAUCAAGUCGCUGCUGCCCGCGCUGGCCUCCACGCUGGACACAGGCAGCUUACUGGUCAUCCAGCUGGCUGAAGAGAAGGAUUCUCAGGGACAAUUGGACUUCCCUGGCCUGGAAACCGUCCCUCUGCCGGUCGAGCCCUUCAAUGCACACGCGCUAACUCUCGAAUGUCAGGUCGGAGGAGGCGAGCUCACCGUGGAUGUCCACUACGACAAGCAGAUCAUCCCUCCAACCCAGGUCAAACGGGUGAUUGACUAUUUCGCUUGUCUGUUCCACCGACUGUGUGAUCCGAGCACGCAAUCGCAGCUCCUGGCGGAUAUCCUCAACGUCGACGACACAGAUCAGCAGCAGAUCCUGCGCUGGAACAGAGACGUUCCCGCCCGUCUGGAGAAAUGCAUCCACGAGAUGGUUCGUGAACAGGUGGAACGAUCGCCAAGGGCCAUUGCCAUUCACGCGUGGGAUGGAGACCUGACGUACCGCGAAUUCUACGAGGCCGGCGCAAGAGUGGCUCACCAUAUCGUCGCUUUGGGGGUAGGGCCUGAAAGCAUUGUGGGGGUCUGUAUGGAGAAAUCGAAAUGGGGCGCGGUGGCGAUGCUGGGAAUCAUGCAAGCCGGGGGGGCCAUCAUGCCCUUGGGCAUAUCGCACCCUUUGGCCCGCAUCGACACUAUCCUUGACGCCUCGCAGGCACGUCUCAUUGUCGCCAGCCCUGCACAGGCGGAACGACUGCAGGGGCUGGCCAACCUCGCGCACACCCAGCUCCUCACCCUCGAUCAGGAUUGUUUCGAUACUUGGCCACAGUAUCAGCAGGUGCCGGAGACGGGAGUGACGCCGUCAAACGCCUCGUGGGCCAUCUUCACCUCGGGCAGCACGGGCAUGCCCAAGGGCGUGGUCAUCGAGCACGGAACCAUGUCGACGAGUCUGGACGAACAAGGACGCUGGUUGGGCCUCACGCCAGCGACGCGGUUUUUGCAAUUUGCUUCUUACACCUUCGAUAAUGUCAUCACUGAUACCUUCGCUACGACGGCUUUUGGUGGAGUGGUCUGCAUUCCCUCCGAGGAGGCCCGCAUGAACCAGCUCACGGAAGUGAUGGCUGACAUGGAGGUCAACACAGCGAUGCUGACCUCGACUGUUGCACAGCAAGUAGCGCCCAACCGCGUGCCCGCCCUGCAAACCCUGAUUCUGACCGGCGAGCCUGUCCGGGCUGAUGUCGUGGGUCUCUGGCUGGGUCACGCCGACAUCUACAACGCCUAUGGGCCCACCGAAGGGUCUAUGAGUACCUGUACUCGGCCCUAUACCAAUGCCCAGGAGGUUAGCAACAUCGGCUUCCCCUUGGCGACCCGGUUAUGGGUCACCCAGCCCACGCAGACCCAUCUGCUGAGUCCGCUCGGCGCACCCGGCGAGCUCUGGAUCGAAGGGCCCUUCCUGGCGCGAGGCUACUUGGGCGAUCCCGUCCGCACUGAGGCCUCAUUCAUCGUUGAUCCUGAGUUUACGCGCCGCUUGGGUCUCCACGGACGCCGACUCUACCGCACAGGCGAUCUAGUGCAACAAAACGAGGAUGGGACCUUGAUCCACCUCGGACGAAUGGACUCUCAGAUCAAAAUCAGGGGCCAGCGUGUCGAACUCGCCGAGAUUGAACAUCAGAUCCUCCACCAUCUGCCUGGAGCAAGCACCGUGGCUGUGGAGCUGCUCGCUGAUGAUGACACGCAGCAAACCUUCCUGGUGGCCGUGGUUGAGUUCGCUUCGGACAGUGAUUACCGCCAUGGCACAAUCACCCCAGAGGGAGUGCUGACACCAUUCCCGGCCCUCCGAGUGGCCUUCAGCAAGCUGUACGGCAUCCUGUCACAGACACUGCCUAUAUACAUGGUUCCGGCCGUAUUCGUGCCCAUUGUGGAGAUGGGUCGCAAUCUCUCGGGCAAAUUGGACCGUAAGCUCCUCCGCACGAUGCUGGUGCGCAUGCAGGACGACGAUAAUCUCCGCCAAUACCGCGUGGGCGAUGGACCCAAGGUCGCCCCCUCAACCGAGAUGGAGCGCCACUUACAGACCCUGUGGGCUGACGGGCUUCAUCUCCCCAUAGAUGAGAUCGGGGCCCAUGACAACUUCUUUCAUCUUGGCGGAGACUCCCUGGCCGCGAUGCGCAUGGUGGCCACAUCGCGCUCUCGCCCGUACAAGCUGAGCGUGGCAGACGUCUUCAAAUACCCCUGUCUAUCCGAGCUUGCUGGCGCUAUAGAAAAAGAGAAAGAGGAGGAGAAGGACGAGAAUGAAGAGGAAGGGGUGGUUCCGUUCUCAUUGAUUGAGACUGAUAACCCCGAGGCCUUUAUCCACGAGGUGGUCUCCCCUGUCUGCAACAUCGGCCGUGCGGACGAGGUCGUCGAUAUCCUGCCCACCACCGACUUCCAAGCCCUCACGGUGGCAGGCGUGCUUACGACCCCCGGUGCGGCCAACUGUGCGCAUUUCCUGCUAGAUGGGCAGGGCCCCUGUGACGUGGAGCGGCUGCGCAAGAGCUGCUUGGACCUCAUCCGCGCCCUGCCUAUCCUCCGCACAGCCUACAUCUUUGAUCAAAGCCGUCUGUUGCAGGUCGUCAAGAGUGUCUAUGAGCCCGACAUCCCCAUCUUCCACACGGAGCGUACCCUGGAAUCGAAGACGGCCGAGGUCGUUAGCCACCAGCUGCUGCCAGCCCCCUGCUUGGGCGAGCCCUUCACGCAAAUGGCCAUCAUCGAGGAGGAGCACACCACGCGACACCGACUCCUCCUGCGCGUGACGCACGCUGAAUACGAUGCCGUGUCCAUCAACGCUAUCUGGGAGACCCUGCGAUGCCUGUAUGAGGGCACAAUCCCGCCUCGGCCCCCAUCCUUCGCGAGCUUCUACUACCACCAGCAGCAACGUAUCACCGCACAAACGUACGACUACUGGACCGACCUGUUGGCUGGCUCGUCUAUGCCCCAACUGGGCCGCUCCGUCUCGGCCAUCGGGCAGUAUCCAUCCACUGUGGCCCACCUGGUCCCACGGACGGUCCCCCUCGCCAGUCCGCUAUCCGCGGGCGUCACUAGCGCAGUCCUGGUGAAGGCAGCAUGGGCGGUCACCCUGGCUCGCGUGGCCCAGCGUCUGGACGUGGUGUUCGCCGACACCGUCUCCACAAGGGGAACUGUCGACGCCCCCCGGAUGAAUGCAACGGGCUGCUGCGUUACGCUGCUUCCAGUCCGCGUGCAGCUGUCCUCUCUUGACCUCACGGCACGCGAGCUGCUGCAAGCCGUGCGCGAGCAGCAGAUUCAGAGCUUCGAGCACGGGCACCUCGGCUUCCGAGAUAUCCUGCACGACUGCACCGAUUGGGCGACCUCGACGCGGUUUACGUCCGCGCUGAACCACAUCACCGCACACAAGGGCGAAAUCGUUCGUAUGCGCGGGCAGGAGUACACCAUUUCUAGCUUCGAGGCGCCGAACGCGACGUGGACGGUCGACGUCGGAGUCACGGCCGUCACCCGGGAGGAUGGCGCGCUGGACCUGCGCAUAGCUUACCGGCCUGACAGCAUCACGACGGAGAUGGCAUCGGAGUAUCUGCGCAUGCUCGCUGAAACCCUCAUAGCCCUCGCGGACGAGCCAUCCCGCACGGUUAAGGAGAUGUUGUCGGCUCCUGUAGCCCGGUCCGGGAGAAAGGAGAAGCAGUCGUCGGCGCCGGUGGUGCACAUUACGGAGCGGAUAUCGGGCGAAGACCCCCUGGUCAUGUCGUACUUGCAAAUCAAGCAGCGGCCACAGUGGGAAGUGGUCCUGCAGCGUCGUCGGGGGGUUGCCACUGGACAAGCCCGGUCGGCAGCCUCCUUUGCACAGAGGGGCGGCGAUCUUUUGGAUGCUGUCUACUUAGCCUCUCUUCUGAGUCCGGGCGACCAGUCCAGCUCCGCCCAGGCAAUAUUGGUGGGAUCACGCCGCGAGGAUGAAGAGCAUGUUGAGUCAGGUCUACCCUUGGUGAAAGCAAAGCGGCUGUCUCUCAGAACGAUGUGGACAAGUGCCCGGAAGAGCUAUGCUCGAUGGUUCACGACGCAGUCGCGGCAACGAAGCCAGGCCUCGUUGGUGGGUUAAUAUCUAUGUCUGUUGAUGUUCUAUGUGUUUUUGUCUUAUGUAUAUAUGGUAGUCUUCGUUGGUUG